CAAGCAUGCAAGAGAAGAGGGAGGGAAACAACAGAAACAAUAAAGUAAUCUGCUGUUGUAUUAAAGAAAACCCAUCAACCUUUAAUUACCUUAUUAUAUACACCACCAGCCCAGCAAAUAAGACCAGGACACCCUUGGAAGAUUGCUUCCUCCAUCAUCCUAUACCUUGGUUAGACUCCAAGAACCAUUCACGCUCUUGCUAGGUUGGGAGAGACUCCUCAUCCACCAUGUGACUCUUAUAUAUGACUCUUCUAUGAUUCACUUCUAGUUCAUCAUGUAGGCUUAGCUGACUGCUUCUGCCAAAGGAGCGGAGAUGAGUCGCAAUCAUGGGAAGAACCCGAAGGUGGACCUGAAGCUGAACCUGUCAGCGAAGCAGAUGGGAGCAAGAGGGGGGCCGUCAACAAGGGCAGUGAUCGAGGAGGAGGAGGAGGAUAAUGAUUCCUGGUCAUCACCAUCGACAUCACCUACGAGCUCGUGUGUGUCGUCGGAGGGUGAGCAGAAGUCCAACAGCCCGGAGGCAACCUCGAUGGUGCUCGCCGGGUGUCCCCACUGCCUCAUGUACGUCAUGCUCUCGGAGAAGGACCCCAAGUGCCCCAGGUGCAAGAGCACGGUGCUGCUCGACUUCCCCCCGGGCAACACCACUGCCAGCAGGAACAGGAAAAGCUGAUGGUGGCUGCACUUCCUGGUGCCGCCCACUUUUUGUGAUAUGCUCUCCAAUCUUCUCCUAGCGAUUCUAUCCUUAUUGAUCCUAGUUUAGUUCUCUCUUACAUGCUGUUGUUGUUCCCUCUCUCCCUCUCUAUAGAUCACUAUCUUGUGUCGCCGUAAGACUGUGUACUCGGGUGAACCUAAGUAGCCCGAAGUUUCCCAUCAAAAGCUAUAGUAUAGAUUCAGCACUUAUCUAAUCA